AUGGAAACUUGCCUGUCGUACAAAGCUGGUAUUUUAGAUGAGUUAGAUAGGUUAGAUAGUUUGCAAUUUGGUGAAAAUUCCAGAGAUGAAAGUAAGGAUGGUGCCAAAUCCCAUAAUCGGCGGGAAUCUUUUUUGAAUAACGCGGCUAAAUCAUCAAACUUCCGUGAAAUAAGACUUCCUGCGAUAACUCCCCCAACGUUCUAUGGGGAUUAUGACAAUUGGCGUCCAUUUCACGAUCUCUUCGUCUCUUUAAUCCAUAGCAAUUCAUCACUGUCUAAAAUAGAAAAGUUAACAUAUUUGAAAUCUUGCUUAAAGGGUAGUGCAGCUUCGUUGUUAGAUUACCUCGAGGUCAACAAUGACAAUUAUGACCAGGCAUGGUCAAUUUUGGUAACGCGUUACGACCAUAAGCGGAUUUUGGUCACCACUCAGCUUAAAACAUUUUUCGAUCAGCCGGCAGUCAGUGUUGAAACAGCAGAUUCCAUCAAGGGCCUCUUAGACAAGUCAACAGAGGUGCUUCAUGCUUUGAAGAAUUUAGGUGUUCCUGUAGAUAGUUGGGAUGUUGUAAUUAUUUUCACUCUCCUGCAAAAAUUACCAGCAAAAACUCAACAGUUGUGGGAAGAAAAGCUUGGUUUAAGUACAGAGUUACCUACCUUUAGAGAAUUUUCAACCUUUUUGACAACUAGGUUUCGUUCUUUAGAGGUUGUUUGUCAGCAGAACUCCAAACCCAAGGUUAACUCGGGUUCGAGUAAGGAACAGUUGAAGCUGAAACCAAAGGUGCUGCAUAUGAAGUCGGUGAAGAAGCAGAAGUAUAGCUGCGCAGUAUGCCACAAGGGUCAGCAUUCACUUCGUUCGUGCCACUCAUUUUUGAAGCUGGAUGUUCCUGCAAGGUUGAAACAUGUGAAACAAAUCGGCGUUUGCGAAAAUUGCUUAGCUUACAAUCACAAAACGUUUCAAUGUCCUAGUGAAAAACGGUGUUUUCACUGCAACCAAAAACAUCACACGCUUUUGCACAGUUCUCUUAUUGCUCAAAAUUCUAAUUUCAGCCAAAAUUCUCAAAAUUCACAAUCCAAUCAAGCGAAUUGUUCCAGUUUUAAUUCAGCUACAUCGAAUGCGCUUAAUACAAACACAAAUUCACAGUCUGGUAAUUCAAAUAAUAAUCAAAAUACAAACCAGAUUAAUCCAAACGCGAAACCAUUCAAUCCGAGUACUAGCCAAGCUGCCACUUCGCAAAUUUAUCAAAAUUAUCACGUCGCAAAUCCCUUGAGUACUAUGGUGUUACUUGCUACAGCAGUCAUCCAAAUACAAUCAGCCAACGGAGAAUUCAUCAGUUUGAGAGCGCUGCUAGAUCCUGGUUCAGAAUCAACAUUCAUCACUGAACGAGCGGUACAACAACUUCGUCUAAAAAAAUGUCGUACCUUCAUGGAAUUCUCUGGUUUGGGAAACAACAAAAGUGGUUCUUGUCAAAGCUUUGUCGAUAUGAAAAUCAAAUCUCUACAUACCUCUUUUCAAACUGAUGCUAGGGCGUUUGUUCUCAAAACUAUAACUGGUUUACUUCCCAAUAGAGAAAUUCUGCCUGAUCAAUGGGGUCACAUUCAGGGUUUGUGUUUGGCUGAUCCUUCUUUCUAUAAACCUUCUAGUGUUGACUUGCUCCUAGGUAGUGGUGUCUUCUCCGAGGUCGUUUUGCCAGAAAUAGUAAGGGGAAAUGAGCCUGUAGCACCAAUUGCACAGAAUACUCAACUCGGGUGGAUUGUUUUUGGCAAUGCGCCAAUUCAAACUUGCCGUGUCCACCUACAGCUUGUUGAUAUCGAUACCCAGCUUCGAAAAUUUUGGGAAAUCGAAGAAUCGCCGUUUGAAGAUCCAGAAACUGCAGAAAAUAUCGCCUGUGAAGAACACUUCAAAACACACACCAGACGUUUGCCAAAUGGAAGAUUCGAAGUCUCACUACCAUUCAAAGAAGGUGUUCGACCAGCACUAGGAGCAAGUCAGCAAGGAGCAUUACGAAGGUUUCUCCAGCUCGAAAGAAGAUUCGACAACAAUCCUCAAUUGCAGAAGGAGUAUUCAGCGUGCAUCUCGGAAUAUCUUCAGUUGGAUCAGAUGGAAAAGGUAGAUGUCAGCCAAGGUGAAAUUCUCCAAUCACCAUUCCACUAUGUUGUUCCACAUCAUGCCGUGUUCAAGGAGUCCAGCACAACCACAAAGCUUCGAGUAGUUUUCGAUGCUGCCUUUAAAACUACAAAUGGGACUUCGUUGAAUGAACAUCUUUUGGUGGGACCUAAAACGCAAUCAAAUAUAAUGGAUAUCAUACUAAAAUGGAGAAAAUUCAAGAUUACAUUGACGGCUGACAUCGAAAAAAUGUACCGGCAGAUCCAGAUGAAACAACCAGACACCUUUUAUCAGCUGAUUUACUGGCGAGACAACAAGAUGAAUCCGCUGCAGCUGUAUCGAUUAAAAACCGUCACUUUUGGAACAGCCUCCGCUCCUUACCUGGCCACUCGCACGUUGAACAAGCUUGCUGAUGACGAGAAGGACAAAUAUCCGUUAGCAGCCCAGAUGAUACGUCACGAUAUGUACGUUGAUGAUUUGGUAAGCGGAGCAGACUCAGUACCAGAAGCUCAACAAAAGGUAGCUGAAAUCAACCAUCUUCUAUCAUUAGCUGGUUUUCACUUACGUAAAUGGGCGAGCAAUUCUGAAGAUGCCUUGAUCAAUAUUGCACCCCAAGAACGUGAAGUUGAUUUUCUGUUGCCUUUCGAUUCUUCUGAGCACAUUAAAACCUUGGGCAUAAAAUGGCUCCCUUCCAGUGACUCAUUCACUUUUCAGUGGGUUCAAUCUGAAGCAACUGAAGUCACUAAGCGAACCAUCUUGUCAACCAUUGCUAAACUUUUCGAUCCACUUGGCUGGAUUUCUCCGUGCGUGAUUUCAGCAAAAAUUAUCAUGCAAAAAUUGUGGUUGAAAGGUUUAGCAUGGGAUGUUCCUGUUCCUCUCAAUCUGCAACAAGAAUGGAUUUCUCUGCGAACAGAUUUGCCAAGUCUCGAAAAAAUUCGAAUACCAAGAUGGAUUUGCACUGAAAAAGAGAAUUUAGAGUUAGAAUUACAUGGUUUUAGUGACGCUUCUAUGAAGGCAUAUGGGGCAGUAGUUUACCUUAGGAUUCUGAACAGAAGCAACAAAAUUCACACUCACCUCGUUAUGUCCAAAACUAGAGUUGCUCCUCUUAAUACAGUUUCACUCCCUCGACUUGAGUUAUGUGGGGCUGUUAUGUUAGCUCGUCUUCUGUGCUAUGUAAGAGAUGUUUUGCAACUAGGCCAAAUCAAAACUUACGCGUGGACUGAUUCCACCAUAACUUUAUGUUGGAUAGCUGCACCGCCAUCAAAAUGGAAGACUUUUAUCAGCAAUCGAGUAGCCGAAAUUCAGCGAUUAACUAACGUUAACAUUUGGAAUCACGUCCCCACUAAACUGAAUCCUGCGGACUUAGCUUCGAGAGGAAUUUCGCCAUCAGAAUUAAAAGUUAACACUCUUUGGUGGCGAGGACCAGAGUAUCUUCAAUCAAUUUGGAAGUUCCCGUUUCCAAGUCCAAAAACAACGUAUGAAACUAAAGAAGAAAUGCGAUCAGUAAAGGUCCAGUUACAUUGCGCAAUAGAAUCUGAAAAUCAAGUUGCAAAAUUAUUUCAUAAAAUCUCAGAUUUGAAAAAACUGAUACGAAUCAUCGCUUAUUGCCGGAGGAUUGUUCACAUUUGCUUAAAAAAACUCCCGAUGAACCAUUUAAUUGAACUACUUACCACUUCCGAGUUACAAAACGCAACAUUUAAUUGCAUCAGAGCUGCUCAAAAACAGAUGUUUCCUGAAGAAAUCCAAAACUUAAUCAAGCAUCCAUCAUCAUCGAAACAUUUUGGAUCACUACAUCCGUUUAUCGACCGAAAUGUCAUCCUCAAACCAGAACACGUCUUUUCGAAAUUACUCAUCCGGGAAGCUCACGAAAAAACGCUCCAUGGUGGAUUGCAGCAAAUGGUCACCAAUCUCCGCACCAAAUAUUGGAUUUUGAAUCUCAAGAGAAGCGUGAAAAAAUACAUUCAUAAAUGCGUAAUUUGCUUUCGAUUCAAAGCUAAGCCCAUGCAACAAUUGAUGGGGAAUUUACCAGCUGUUCGAGUCAGAGUGUCCCGGCCAUUUACACACACAGGUGUAGAUUAUGCUGGACCGAUAGAGGUUAAAUCCUGGAAAGGACGUGGAGGCAAAAUCUAUAAAGGGUAUUUCGCCAUAUUUGUUUGUCUAGCUACCAAAGCAAUCCACUUGGAAGCGGUAAGUGACAUGACGACUCAGGCAUUUUUGGCAGCUUUUCGAAGAUUUACGGCACGUCGAGGUGUCUGCACUGAAAUGUACAGCGACUGCGGAAAGAACUUCGUGGGUGCCAAUACCGAGCUCCAAAGAAUGAUGAAGUCUGCAAAGAUCGAUUGGAAGCAAAUCACAACAACAACAACGAACGUCGGAACUAAAUGGAAUUUCAUUCCUCCCGCUUCUCCCCAUUUUGGUGGAUUAUGGGAAGCAGGAGUGAAAUCCGUAAAGUUUCAUUUGAAAAGGGUCGUCAGAAAUGAAACCCUUACAUUCGAGGAGCUCAGCACGCUUCUAACAGAAAUAGAAGCAUGUCUAAACUCGAGACCUCUUUGUCCAGUUUCCGACAACCUAGACGACUUCGCUAUUCUCACGCCAGCACACUUCCUGUUUGGAACAUCGGCCCAACUAGUUCCAGAAGCAGAUUUGGCAGAAAAGGUUUCCAACCUUGAUAGGUGGAGAAAAAUCCAAAUUGCUGUUCAUUCGUUCUGGAAGCAAUGGAGUAGCGAAUAUCUAGCUCGCCUUCAGCAACGACCGAAGUGGUUGAAAACCGAAGCACAGCCUCAAAUCGGAGACCUGGUUUUGCUCAAGGAUGAACGAUUGCCACCUUCUCAAUGGGCUCUUGCACGCAUCAUAUCUUUAGUUCCAGGAAAAGAUGGGUUGAUUCGUGUCGUCAACAUAAAAACGCAGUCUGGAGAGUUCAAAAGACCAAUUACAAAAAUUUGCCUACUACCAUCCAAUCGAACUGCAGAUGAAACCGCAACUAUCUAA